AUGCGCGAGCUCAUGCUCCAGCUGCACCACGUUCUGCCAUCCGUGCUGGAGAAGCUCAUCGCCUUGGGUCUUGACCGAAUCGAGCUUGGAUCGUCGCCGCUGUGGCUUCAUGGCAACACGUUAGCUGACGCAUGCGCACUCGUGGACUGUGCCACGUCCAAGCGCCUGCGCAACGGAUGGUCUGCUGUCUUUGAGUCGACUUGCGACGGCGUCACAGUGGCAACGACUGCGAGCCAGACGUGCGCUAACUACGGUGCAUGCAUGCACGACGGCGUGGCGCACAUUGGCACCCGUCCGUAUGCGCUGACGCAUGGUACGUUCGUGACGCUCGUUGAGACGCCUCGUCUCUCCAUCCGGCCCGUCGCACUCGAUGCGCUGCAUGCGUCCAACGACGCGCCGCGCCGUCACCGGGCCAACAACUCGAUCGCGCCGCGUGAGUGUACCUAG